UCCCAUCUCCCUCCACUACCUCUUUCACGCAUUUUCUUCUUCACUGUUCACUCUGUUUCCCUUUUCCUCUUCCACUCUCCUCAAUUUAUCUAGUAAUUGGUCUCAAGGGCAUAAUAUCUUCCGGAAGCUCUAAGCAAUUGUGGAAUCUUAAGUCACAUAGGAAGAAAUCAGCAUGUGGUUGGGUCUUUUGGUUGACGUGUGCCGCCAAGUUGUAAGCUUGAACUUGUAUUGUAAAGUUAUUCUGUAGGUUCUCAGUCCCAUAAAUCCUUUUACUUUGUUACUUUGGGAGUUUGGUCCCUUAUUUUUAACCCAUGCCAUGGAAGACAACCACUGUUUGAUCAUUUCUUCAGACGAGUAUAGAAUUGGCUGAAAGAUAGGAAGUGAAGAUAGAGCCUGCUUGGUGCCUUUAUUAUCACGUUCUAUUGGGGCAUUUUCUUUGGAGUGUGCAUUACAUUCUCUUGUGGUAAGGAUCAAAAGAAGUUAUGGUGUGCCAAGCCGCAAGCCAAACAAGAUUCAGGGCUUUGAAACAUGAGAGUGGCAUUGAAGGUGAACCAACAAUUAUUGUUAGAGUGAUAGCAUGCUUUCAACCUUUGCACGAUUGUCAGGCUGAGUACUUCCGUCAUUUGCUUAAGCCUGUCACGUAGAUUAGUUUACGUUUAUUUCUCUUUAAGUCGGAGUUUGUAGUUUUGUUUUCUGUCAUUUGUUCCUAAGAGAAGCAGCAAGUCAUUGAAGAUCUAUCAAGGCACCAUAACAUCUGCUGGUCAUUUCUUUUGUUGAAUGGUUAAGACUCAUAGGUCUUGGCCUUACCCACAGCACGUGGCUUGGCCAUCACCUUACUUAAAUGGCUCCCACACCUUGGCAGAGCCCAGUUCACAGGUUCAUUCAGCAUAUAUGAACCCUAGCACAUGCAUCUUUCCUGCUGUCAGCAUAUUUCCAAGGUUCACGUCCCCUGCUAUCCCAAACUUGAAGACUGAGCAGACCAAUGAAGUGCAAAGAUUCCUUCAGUAUCCCAAUUCAGAACCAUGUUUGAAAGAAAUACAUACUGGGGGGGCUAUUCAAAAUGCAAAUCAUGCAUCUUUGCAGAAGAAGUUACUUAUUUUCGACCAUUCUUGUGGUAAGACAAGGUUGCUUUAUAGUCCUGUCUACCCUCUUGUCCAGAGUCCAAUUGUUACUGCUACACAUUUUGCUCAAGUUUAUGAUGUUAAAGAGGAAGCACAGGCAAUUAAUAUGGGCCAAAUGCAUUUUCCCGUAUACAAUUCACCAGAAGAGACUGGUAAGGAUCAUAUAGACAAUGAAGAAAGUGAAAUGCAUGAAGACACAGAAGAAAUCAAUGCAUUGCUUUACUCUGAUGAUUCUGAUGAUGAUGAUGAGGUAACAAGUACAGGCCAUUCUCCAUUGGUUAGUAAAAGAACUUAUGAUAUGCGAGAACAGUUUGAAGAUAUGAAGGAGGAGGUUGCUAGCUCUGAUUGGCCAAACAAAAGGCAGAAGUUAAUUGGUGGUGGAUACAAUAAAUUACCACCACUUGUGGACAGUGCUAGUUCUGAAUGGCUAAAUGAAACAUGUGAGUAUGUCAGCGAUGCUGAAUCGAAGUAUUCUAGUAGUGGGGUGUAUUCUUCAAGGCAUAUUAAAGAAGAUAAUUCAACAGUUGCUGAUAUUCAAUUGAAAAAGGAGAAAAUCCGUGAAUUUUUUAGAGUUCUUGAGAACUUCAUUCCUGGAGCAAAAGGAAAGCAUCCCCUGCUAGUCAUCGAUGGUACUAUUGAGUACUUGAAAUCUUUGAUGUACCAAACUGGUACACUGUGAAAGUAUCACUGAGUGCUCCUUGUGGUUAUAAUAUGGUUGGAGGGCACAUGGUUGGUGAAAGGGGUUGUAACUAUUGAAGCAUUACUGCUUCUUUUAACCUCUUUCUCGAGGUGAAUUUAUAGUUUAGCAAUAAAGGAGCGAAAGCAGCAAUAGAUAGUACUGCAGUUUGCCAUUGCAAUUGAAGAAACAUGGGGUUUGGGAUUUCAAUUUGAUGACCAAGAUAUUUUAGCUUUUAGGUUUUGAAGGAUUAAAGGUGACGGAUGGAGAUGGUAGUGGAUGGCUGUGCUGUAAAUGAGGACACUUUUUUCUCCUGGAGUGUUGAAUUCUCUUGUUGAUUGAAUGCAUGCGCGUUAGGUGACUGGGGUCCCACUCUCCACCCUCCUUUUCAUUCCUGAUUUUAUGCUUUGUCCUCUCUCUUCCAAGCUUGUACGCAUAUCAUGCUAGCGUAGACUCUAAAGUACCAAGAAAGUUCGAUGUUGGGGAGUGCUUGAAUGAGGAGCGUGGUGUUUCAUCAUUACCUUGAUGGGGCCCUUUGUUGGAUACAUAGCAUGUUGUGGUAAAGGUUACUUUGUUUUACGUGUUGAGGGUGGAAUUAUAGGCGAUUCUAUUUUCUACAUUGUAAUUGAGAGGUGGGUUGAGUAUUCUAGGUCUCCUUUUCACGAUGUCAUUAUGUAUUUAUCUGUCGGUCGUGUGAUUGUAUGAAUAAUUGGAGUGUGAAUGUUGUAAGGGAAGUCGUGUAUUCUGGCGUUCAUAUUUUCUAUGUUGAUUGUCUGAUGUGUUUCAUGUUUACACAUGAUCAAUAAUUAAAUAUCAUUUUUUACUACCAUGAUUCCUCA